UCUCCCCCUCCCUCCAUCUGGAUCCCUCCAUCUGUGGUCUGGUGCUCAGUGGCAGCAAAUCUCUCUUUCGGAAGGGGCAGCUUCAUUCUCUUCUGCAGGAUGUCGGGCCCUCGUACCAGCUCCAUACUGCUCCUGUUCUGCGUGGCUUUCCUCCAAAGUCCAUUGCUGGAGUCUAAGCCUCUCUCGGCCAUGCAUGUUGGCGGAGCUGCACGUCUGCGUCGUGACCUGCGUGAUGCGUUGCCUUACGAGGCUCAGAUGAUGUCAUAUCCUCCCUCUGGCUUUAACGGGCGGAGCAACGAUCUCUACUACCAGCCAGAAGCCUUAAGAGCACAGGGGCUGGGCCACGCCCUGCAUCACCUGGAGAAUGACCAGAGGCAGGAGCAGGAGGCAGCCUACCUGGCAGGAAUACUGCGCCUGAUAAGCGAGGCAGAGAAUAACGGCCAGGCUAGACCUGAGGAUGAUGAAGAGCAGGUGGAAGGAGACUUCCAGGAAUCAUACCCUCCAGACUAUGAUGAGACAGAGCAGACAGUGAGCAGGCCGAAACCUCAGGCUAUGAUGGACCCACAGCUCACCGAGGCUCUGCUCAAUCGCUACAGGCAGGAGAGGAUGAUUCAGGCGGGCCAGGACCGAGACCAGGAAGUGCUCCGGUACCUGGUGGAGAAGGUCAUCUCAAAUCUGGCGUCCGAGAACCAGCUGAACCCAUCCAACCGGCGAGGCAAGUGGGAAGUCGCGGCAGCAGCCAGCAUCGGACGUGACAGAGCGGCGCCUCUGAGACGAGCUAGGCGCUCCCUAGACUCCGCCCCCGCCACCCCUGCCGAUACCGAGGCCUCUCUCCUGCGGGUCAAACGAGUGGGCGAUGAAGACCAUGACGAUUUUGGCGAUCAAAACAACCAGUCGCCUCAUGCUGGCCUGCAAAGAAUGAAGCGCAUUGACACCGACCUGCCUCCACCCGCGAAGCACAGCCGCAAACGCCGCUCGGUGACCUAUGACCCCGAGCUCAUUGCUCAGCACAUCAUCCAGUACCUGAGAAAGUGAGAUAUAUAUAUAAAUGUUAGAGCGAGAGAGAGAGAGAGAAUUAAAAAAAGAAAAACAGGAAGACUGAAAGAUUGCAACAGUUCACUUGAAGGCAGAUAUGUUCAAGAACUCACUGUUAACUGCUUAUGUCUGGCAAAUCAAUGUAUCUGCUUCUGCGCUAUAAUAAAACCGUAAACACGUUCAAUUAUCUGGUCAACAUGCUAAUGCAUAUACGCAAAACUGAUUUUUUUUUUUUUUUACUUAUGAAGUUGCAGUAGAUGCGCUGCAUUUGGCAACCUGUCUGUCCUAGGAGGAGUUAUUAGAAUUUCCCACUCAUUUGAUUUCCCACAAUUAAAUGAUCCUUCACUUAUAGUUUCCUUCAUCUAAACAACCACAGUAAACAUUAUAUCCUUAAACUUUCAACACUUGUCAAAUAUUAAACAUUGGCCAUCAUUUUCACAGUGGACACAAUAUCAGAUUAGCACCUUAUACUUUCUAAAAAGGACUUGACUUCCCAGUCUAAGUUUACUGGGGUUUAAUGAUGCUACACUUCUAGCAUGAGAGGAACUAUUUUUUAAGAAACAAUUUCAAGAUAUCAACUCAAAGUCUCUCAAAGAAUCUUCUAACAGAAAAUGAGUAACAACCCAUACUUCCCUCUGUAUCGAGCCCAAAUAUUUUUUUAAUGGCAGCAGAUAAAUCGAAUCCCAAUUUAGAUGCCAGAAUUUAGGCAUUAUAGCCUUGAAGAGAAACAUCUGGGUACAAAAUUGAAAGAUUGUCCCAUUUGUGCCAUUGCCAUCAAUGUCUUUGGCUUGUAUAUGCUAACUUACUUUUGACCAAUACAUUUAUUUUCCAUAAAUUAUUUCGCAUUGCAUUUUUACAACCCAACCAUAGUUGGCAAAGUGAAAACAAAUUAGCUCUAGGAGUCAGUUAGUAAGUCCAGUCUUCUGCAAAUUUCCGUUUUUGCCUCAGUUUGGUAUAUUUCAAUAUAUAAAGGACCCAAAUGUCUAAUUUUUAGUCCCCUCAACCCCAUAGCUUGAGGCAGCAAUGGUUAAAUGGCUAAAGCACUGGGUGACUUGAUCAAAAACACCAAGUUCAAAUCCCAACAUCAUAGCUUAUAGGUUAAGAUGUACUUCUCGGAUGAGUUCAAAUCCUCAAACCACCAAGCUGCCACCGCUGGGCUUUUAACCAUCAUCUGCUCACUUGUAUAAAUGAGAUAAAGUUACUCUGAAUCAUGGUAUCUGUCAAAUGUUGUCAAAGUAAGUGUAAAAUGCAUUGCUAAGCUAACAAAGCUAGCAAAACUAGCACCGUUUGGCAUCUUGUGUCACUUGUAAGAUACUUUGGAUUCAACCAAAACAGUUGAAUCGCUUGGUCUUGGUCAUAAAAGUCUGGCUUUGCAGCUAGUGGAACUAGCUAAUGAAGCAAAUGCUACCAAUGUAGUGUUCUUGCAUGCAUGUUUUUGUUUGUGAAAUGUGCAAUGUGUCACAGUUUAAGAGUCUCAUCCAAAAUAUCAACCAGGAAGCAAAUAGGAAACAGUUCAGCUUUUGGAAAUUGCUUCCCAGAUUCCAAAAAAAUAAAAGACUAUAUUGUCAUAGGUACUAGUAAACUUUAACUUUUUUCUUAUUUCAGCAUGUUACACAAUGUGGGGUCGGAGUGCACUGUCAGCUCUGAUAAUGUAGAUGAAGCAGAGAUGGGUAUAGAUCUUGCUCAAGAACCACACAGUGGCAGCUUCAUGAUACCAGGGUUUGAACUCACAACCUGUUGAUUAGCAUCCCAGAGUAUAAACCAAGAACCGUUAAACCACCACUUUCCCAGCAUGUAUAUUUGUAUUUGCCGCUUAUGACUGUGAUUACUUGGCUGUCUAUCCAGAGCAACUGGUGUGCUGAACACUUUAAUGUUUUCCAUUGGAAAUCUGGUAAAGAGUCUGGAAUUAGGAAUUGAACUUUAUGGAAAAUAUUACAUUGUUAAUCACUGAGGAACUGAAAACACUGAUAAUAUUAAAUUGUUUAUUGUGCUUUAUCAUUGAACUAGGAUGAGCUUUAUCCAAAUUUUUCUUAGUUGCACCAAAGAGAACAUCACCCAGUCUUAGAUAAUGAGAACUGGAUUGAGCAGAUCAUUGGAUAAAAAAAAAAAAUCCAAACAGGAUUAAGAUCCACCAGUUUCCCCAAUGUUAACUGGGGUAAUCUAUUUAUCUUACAGAUAUGAGUAAAUGUUCAUUAAGCAAAAAAACACUAAGACCAACAUUUUCACUGAUAACUCUUUAUUGAUGGAACUGUCAGAUAUUUGAAUGCAGUAGUAGAAGAUCAUGAUUUAACACCAACGUUCACACCAGAAAAGAUUUUCUGGGUUUUACAGUAAAAAAAAAAAAAACCUGUAGGACUACUGAGAAUGUUGUUUCACAUUUCAAUCUGAAAUUGAUCUCAGUUAUUGAGAAAUUAAAAAAAAGAGCAGAUCCAUUGUGGUAAGACCUCAGAUGUUGGCAGUGAAGCACACACCCAUAUUCCGUUAACUUUUAAGGUCCGGCUGAACUUCAGGCGUUAACUGAGCACUGUGUCGGUUCUUUCUGAUCUGGUGUUCGGACAGCGUUUGACCUGCGUGUAUUACUGAAACCCAGUCUGUCCAUCUUCGCCGUGGACGUCAUUGGGUGUAGCUCUGCCAACCCGCCCCUGCCACCCUCAACCACCCCCACCCAGCUUUGCCUGUGGCUAUAGUACAUAAACGUGUCGACAAACCCGUUCUCAAAUACAGUUCUUUGUUUGACACGUCGCCUGUCCUUUUUCUGGAUUUCCCGUUCUUUAUUACUCUCUCUCUAUCUGAGAAUACGUGCAAGAAACCGUGUCUUAAAUCAUAAUUGUAUUUUAUGCUUUUUUGUUUGUUUGUUUCUCCGUCUGUGUGCUUGUGAAAUCUUAUCAAUCUUAUGCAUCUGUAAGUUGCAGGUGGGAUUGUGAAAUAAAAAAAGAGAAAAAAAUGUCGCGUUAUAAUAAUCAAUAAAAAAUUGAUGUUGAUGUCAA